AUGUACGGCAGCUAUGGAAUGAUUCAGUCGGCUGACAAAAAGGACAUCGUAUUCACAAAAUUAAAUAAGAUUGAACCUGACAUUGAUGGCCAGGAGGUUUGGGUACGUGGUCGUGUCCAUGCGAUUCGCAGUAAGGGAAAAACAUGCUUCCUGGUCCUAAGGCAACAGUUCUAUACUGCACAGGUUACGCUGUUUGUUGGCGAAAAAAUUAGCAAGCAGAUGUUGAAGUUCGUCUCAAACAUCUCUAAGGAAUCCAUUGUUGACAUACAAGGUCUUGUAGGAAAGGUAGAUGUCCAGAUUGAAUCAUGCACUCAGAAAAAUGCUGAACUUCAUGCUAUUCAGGUAUUCGUUGUAUCAGCAGCAGAGCCACGACUGCCUCUUCAAAUAGAAGAUGCCAGCCGACGUGCAGACAACACUGAUGGUCUGGCAGCUGUCAAUCUUGAUACGAGAUUGGACAACCGUGUGCUCGAUUUACGUACGACGACGACGCAAGGAAUCUUUUCACUGCAGGCUGGUGUCUGUAAGCUAUUCCGUGAUACCCUCACUGAACGCGGAUUCGUGGAAAUCCAUACGCCGAAGAUUAUUUCGGCUGCAAGUGAAGGAGGAGCGAAUGUUUUUACGGUCUCAUACUUCAAAGGCUCUGCCUAUCUUGCCCAGUCUCCCCAACUUUAUAAGCAGAUGGCUAUCGCCGGCGAUUUCGGAAAGGUAUUUACUAUCGGUGGUGUAUUCCGUGCUGAGGAUUCGAAUACUCAUCGACAUAUGACCGAAUUCGUUGGUCUUGAUUUGGAGAUGGCUUUCAACUUCCAUUAUCAUGAGGUGUUGGAAACCAUCGGAUCUGUUCUCAUCAGCAUAUUCAAGGGGCUUAAAAAAGAUUAUGCUGCGGAGAUCGAAGCGGUAGGUCGACAAUAUCCUGCUGAACCUUUCGAGUUCUGUGAACCAGCGCUUAUUCUAAAAUACCCAGAUGCAGUGAAGAUGUUGCGUGAGGACGGUGUUGAAAUGGGUGAUGAGGAUGAUCUAAGCACCCCUGUGGAGAAACAGCUAGGACGUCUCGUGAAGGAGAAGUACAAGACCGACUUCUUCAUUCUGGACAAAUUCCCCCUUGCCGUGCGUCCGUUCUAUACAAUGCCAGAUCCCCAUGACUCAAGGUAUUCGAACAGCUACGACAUGUUCAUGAGAGGAGAAGAGAUUCUUUCUGGUGCACAACGAAUUCACGACGCAGAGUUUCUCGUUGAACGAGCCAAGCAUCACAAUAUUGAACUCGAAAAGAUUCAGGCCUAUAUCGAUUCUUUCAAGUAUGGAUGUCCUCCUCACGCUGGUGGCGGCAUUGGUCUCGAGCGAGUCACGAUGCUAUUUCUGGGCUUGCACAACAUCCGUCUUGCUUCGAUGUUCCCUCGUGAUCCAAAGAGGAUUACGCCCUAA